AUGUCAGACGAUGAAGAUAUGAUUUAUGACGACGAUGAAUACUAUGACGAUGAUGAUGGAGAUGACAACAACGAUGAUGAAGAUCCAUCGGUAGAAAUUGAAAAUCAAUACUACAACUCAAAAGGUCUCAUUGAAGAUUCAGUUCCAGAGGCUAUAGAAUCAUACGAAAGAGUUAUAGAAUUGGAGAAUGGUGAAAAAGGUGAAUGGGGUUUCAAAGCAUUAAAAAAGAUUACUAAAUUAAACUUUCAAAUUCAGAAAUAUGAAAAGAUGAUUAGUAUCUAUAAACAAUUCCUUAGUUACACCAAGUCUGCAGUAACAAGUAAUACCUCUGAAAAGGGUAUCAAUUCAAUUCUAGAUCUCGUUUCAGCAUCAAAUACCAAUAUCGAUUUGGAUCUCGUCCAACAAAUCUAUGAUUUGACACUCAAGACUUUAUUGGAAGCCAAGAAUGAAAGAGUUUGGUUUAGAACUAAUCUCAAAUUAUGUAAAUUAUUAUUUGAAAAGGAGGAAUACAGUAGAUUGGCAAAGAUUCUUAGAGAGUUGCAAAAGUCUUGUCAAAAUGAAGAUGGUUCCGAUGAUCAAAAGAAGGGAAGUCAACUUGUUGAUAUUUAUGCCUUGGAAAUUCAAAUGUACACUGCCACUAAAAACAAUAAGAAACUUAAGGAAUUAUAUAAAAAGGCUUUAGAUAUUAAAAGUGCAAUUCCACAUCCACGUAUUAUGGGUAUUAUUAGAGAAUGUGGUGGUAAGAUGCACAUGGCAGAGAAGGAAUGGGAAAAGGCACACUCUGACUUUUUUGAAGCUUUCAAAAACUAUGAUGAAGCCGGUAACCCUAGAAGAAUCCAAUGUCUCAAAUACUUGGUUUUGGCUAAUAUGUUGAUGCUUUCCUCGAUCAAUCCAUUUGAUUCUACCGAAGCCAAACCCUACAAAAAUGAUCCAGAUAUUUUGGCAAUGACCAAUCUUGUCAGUGCCUACGAGAGAAACGACAUUUAUGCAUUUGAAAAGAUUUUGAGAGACAAUAGAAAGACCAUUAUGGAGGAUCCAUUCAUCCGUAUGUACAUUGAAGAUUUGUUAAAGAAUAUCCGUACACAAGUAUUAUUAAAGUUGCUCGAGCCAUACACCCGUAUCCGUAUUCCAUUCAUCUCCAAGGAGCUCAAUAUCCCAUCCAACGAAGUCGAAGCCUUGCUCGUCUCUCUCAUCCUCGACAACAAGAUUCGUGGUGCCAUCGAUCAAGUCAACCAACAACUCGAACUCGAUACUGCCAAGUCUGCUGGCUACUGGAAAUACCGUUCCAUUCACAAAUGGGCUUCCCAACUUGGCUCUGUCACAAAUACCGUUGCUGGUAAAUUGAGUGCUUAA